AGGAAUGACAUGGACACAACUGUGAUUUAAUCAUCAGGAGGAUACUUGUGUUGGUUCUUCAUGUGACACCUGUUGCAGGAGCCAUGGCGACUCUGGGACAGAUCAUCUUCUACAGCAUGGUUAUCCUUAUCAUCAUAUUCGCUGCACUCAUCAUCCUCAUCUUGGCUUUGGCAUUCUCUGGAAACUUGAGCCUGGUGCAAAGCUCUAAUAAAUCUCCGGUGGCCAACCUGGGUGACAGUCAGCUCCUCAGCUGUUACCUGAGCACAGACGGCCAAACCAACAGGAUCCAACAGAUGUCAGUGACGUGGGAGAAGAAGGGGCUGAGCGGGGUGGUUUACCGCUACCAGGACGGAGCUGCAGAUCUGAAGGACCAGAACGCCGAGUUCAAAGGCAGGACUCAGCUUUUCACCGACAGCCUGAUGACAGGAAACGCCUCUCUGCUUCUGAUGAGUGUGAGAAGCAGCGACCAGGGGGAGUACACCUGCAGCAUCAGCUCCAGCGAUGGGGGAGGGUCCGUCAGCGUUAACCUCCGAACAGGAGCCUUUUCAGCUCCUACAUUCUCCGUCUCAGACAGCGUCCUGACUGCUGUGGCGAGCAGGUGGUUUCCUGAACCCACAGUGACGUGGUCGGACCGCGAUGGGAACGUCAUGAAUGGAAGCACCAGCCUCACACCCAACCAGAACGGCAUAUUCAGGGUGGAGAGUUCUGUGCAGCCGGUGAACAUCAGUAACACCUACACCUGCAGGAUUGAAAAUGACUUGAAGACGGUUGUGUCUGAGGCAACUAUAACAGCGUCCGGUGUUUCAGAGAAGACGUUCUUCAUCAACAAGGCCUCGUCUCGGCUGUCGUCAUCUCUCCUGAGUUUCAUGACCUGUUUCUUCUGCAUUUAUUAUCUGAUUUAACUACACACAGCUGAUGCAAGGCUCAGCUCUGACACCAUCCUAAUGUGUUCAGAAUGAAGGUUCUCUCAUAAGUCAACCACCAGCACAUGUGGUUUGGUGGAUUUUAUUUAUGAUAGAAGUAUUUAAUGAAUUAUGAGUCAAUAUAUUGAUCGUACCUGCAGUCACAAGUGAAGAAAGUGACUGAGAAGGUCUAUUCAGGAUGGAAGGGUCAUAAUGUACGUCUUUCAGAUACACAGUAGGAGUUAGACUCUCAGAUAUUGGUAGAUUCCUACAUGGGAUGCCGCCCUUAUUCUAGUUUAUUUUUUUUCUAAUGAACCCAUAAAGACCCAAACAUCCAU